AUGGACAACGACAACGGCGUCGAUCUCGCGCUGAUCCGCAGCGAGGCGCUGUACUGCUUGCGACGCGAGCAACUGGUGAGCCUGUGCAAGCGCCGAGGGAUUAAGCCCAAGGGCAAGACGACACAGCUGGCCGAUGCGCUGCGCAAGAGCAUUGCCGAUGCACGUAUGAAAGAGAGCCCGGUGAUGGGGACAGCUGGUCUGUCCCGCGCGCCGGCGACGCCCAGCAGCUUAGCACCGAGCUCCGCCUCCCCACACAUGGCGAGCGAUACAGGAAGCACGACCAGUCGCACGGUCUCCAAUGCCUCGGAGCCGAUGGCACUGCAUGGCCUCUAUGCGUGCAGGAUGCAGCCGAGCGACGCACAGUCGGACACAUCGAGCCGCCCGGCAAGCACCGCGACGUCCACGACAGAGGGAACGGACGCGCCGAGCGCAAAGGCAAGCCCGGUGGCCAGCACAGCCCCGACGCUCGACAUCAACGUCCCGAGUUCGACGAUGGACUUGGCCCCGAGCAUGGGGUGGGAGAAGAGCGACGAGAGUGCUUCGGCGCCUGCUGAGCAGCCGAGCACCACCGACGCCACGCACGACGAUACGAAGCCCGAGGCCGAAGCGCCAGCGCCGGCAGAGGCGGCGCCUACGGUCGACGCCGCGCCCGAGGUGCCGAGCCCUGCUGUUGAGGCUCCGUGCACGACCGAGUCUGCGCCCAAGGCCGACGAGCCUACGCCGACCGAGACGCUUGCGGUGCCGAGCGUCGUUGUGGACGCGCCGACGCCGAGCAUCGGGCAGGUGGCCGAGUCAACGAUGCCUGCGGCGCCCACCGACGCGCCGCGCUCUCCGUCACCAUCGAGCCCCUCCCCGACCAAGUCGGCCCUCAAAAGCCCUCUACGCCGCCGCGGCACGUUCCGCUCGAAAGAGACGCCCGAGCCCAAGCAGCAGACACACACGCAGCACCGCGUCGUGAUGUACAGCCCCAGCACCAAGCGCCACGACGGCGGCGUGCGCCCCAGGCCAGUGGACAAGAAUGUGCGCGAGGACCGCAGUGCGCUGGAGGCGUGCGCGGGCACCUCGCUCUUCCCUGACGUGCGCCACGAGAGCAUGUACUUUACGCCGCCGCCUUCCGAGCAGCCGCAGACGCGCCCGUUGACUCACGGCGACAUGCGCCGCAUCUACGCCGAGCUCCUUGCGGAGCGCGAGGCGGCCAAGACCAAGAAGCUGCCACAGCGUGUCGGCAAGAUGGUGCGCCGCGUGCGUACACUUCUUUCGCAUGGCGAGUCGCCGCAGCAAGGCUCGCAGGCGCGUGCUCAGGCACAGCCGUACGUUGCACCGGCUCCCCGCGAGCCUGUCUAUGCGGAGCCCGAGAACAUUGACUUGGCCGACGGUGCGAUGCUGCGCAUGGCCAUGAGCUUGCGCCAGGGUCGUAUGCCCGAUGUGCCCGCACAGCCGCCGAUGGGCGAGCAGCUUGCGUCGGCCGUGCAGUUUGCCGACGACGUCUCGAUGCACGGCGAGGCGCUCGACGGCGGCGCUCCGGAAGUUGCGCUGUCGUGCCCUAGCCCCAGCCUCUCGUGGAGUGAGAAGGAGAAUGUGGCGCCACCGCCCGCACCCGUACAGCCCUCGCCCGGGGGAGAGCAUGCGCCUGAGGCUGAGCCCGCGCCCGAGGCUGAGCCCGCGCCCGAAGCUGAGCCCGCGCCUGUGCCUCACGAGACGAACGCGCACGAGAACGAGCCGGUGCCCCUGCCUGCCGAGGUGCCCGUGCCCGAGGCGGAAGCACCCAAGCGCCGCAAGACGACGCACAAGCCGCACAAGCCCCUCUCGCUGGCGAGCAUUCCGAGCAUGGACUCGACGCCGAUCAAGGCGUACGAACUUCCCCACGCUGCGAUGGCGUAUCACGCUGCGACCGAGAGCCCUGCUGGUCCCGCGCCUUUCCUCGUCUCUAGUGCAAGUGGAAACACAGAGGAGAAGGCGGGCUCCAACACGCUCGACGACCUCGUCGACGAGCUCGGCUGGGACAAGGCGAUCGAGAUUAUCCAGCGCCAGAAGCACGGUGAGCCCAAGUCGCUGCGCACCGCGCGCCGCCUGUGCCCCUCCGGCAGCGAAAACGUCCCGCCGAGCGAGCGCAAGUUGUCUGGAACGCGCGGCCAUCCGUACAAGGAGCGUGUGGAACGCAACAUGGCGCGGCGCCCCCUUGGCGUCUCGCGUGCGUUGCGGUAG